UUUGUUUUAUUACAAAACAAAAAAAAAAUGUCGCGUAAAUAGAAAAAAGUUGGAUCCAGAAAAAUUCCAAGUCAAUUUAAUAUUAUACUUUAAGGUACACUAUAAAUCAACCUUUACUUCAACUUUAAGAAAAAUCCAUAAUCAAAAGUCUUUUACUAUCAUUUAGAAUUCCAAAAGCAAAGAAACAUGCCUCGUGGAACUCUUGAAGUUGUUUUGAUCAGUGCCAAAGGCCUUGAAGACAAUGAUUUUCUAUCUAGCAUAGAUCCUUAUGUGAUCCUUACUUACAGAGCACAGGAGCACAAGAGUAAUGUUCAAGAAGGUGCUGGAUCCAACCCUCAAUGGAAUGAAACCUUUCUUUUCACUGCUUCUGAUUCUGCUUCUGAGCUCAAUCUAAAGAUAAUGGAAAAGGACAACUAUAAUAAUGAUGAUAAUAUCGGAGAAGUAACAAUUCCUUUGGAUGCUGUGUUUGAAGAGGGUAGUAUUCCGGAGAGUGUUUACAAACUUGUGAAGGAAGAAGAAUAUUGUGGUGAGAUUAAAGUGGCUCUCACUUUUACACCUGAGAGAAAUGAAGAACAGGGUUACAAUGAAGAGGAGAGUGGUGGAUGGAAAGAAUCAGCUAGUGAAUAUUGAAGUGAAUCAAGGAUUUGCAUUUACAGAUUUCCAAGGUCUAAAAUUACUGCUACAAAAAAAUCUCUUCAGUCCCUUUAAGAAUUUUAAUCAAUGUGUUUUCUGGUGUGAUGAUAUGAUAGUGUUCUGUUUUUACUUUCAACCAAUUUGAUAUAUAAACUAUAUUAUCCUUGUUAUAACAUUGUACGCACUAAAAUUUAUUCUGAUAACAGAACACGUUCAACAAA